UCUUAUUAAAGUUUUUUUUCCUGAUUUACUCUCGCAUAAACACUUUGUUUACUAUUUUUUCAUACGUAAUUUCAAUUCUGAAAUAUUAUGAGAUUUAUCAUUCCUUCAGUUGUUGUUCUUCUAAUCACAAUCGCUGUAACAGCUGUUGAAUUUGAAUGCUUCUACAAUACGGAAGACUUUCCUAGUUAUGGUUUUGUGUACAGCUGUGCGAUAAAAAUUGGUGAAAUUAAGAAGAAAUCGGAUGUGGAAAUAAAGUCAAUGAAUGGGAAUCAUAUUACAGAUAUUGACAAUGAUGGUGUACUCGGUUUCUUAGUUUUCUAUAAAAUUCUACAUCAUUUCCCUCAAAAAGUCACCCAUUUCUUUAAAAACAUUAAAGCUGUAAGUGUUGAAUAUUCGAAAUUAAAAGAAAUUCACAAGGAAGACUUGCGACAAUUUGGUGAUAAUUUAAUUGAUUUUGGACUUGAAGGAAAUGAAAUUCAAACAAUAGAAGCGGAACUCUUUUCACAUAAUUCAAAUCUUAAAUACAUAUCAUUAAUUAAUAACAAAAUUCAAACAAUAGCUGAAAAUGUAUUCGACAAUCUCAAUGGACUGUAUGGAAUAAAUUUGCUGAAUAAUAAUUGCAUCAAUUAUGUAUAUUAUGGACAAGAAAUUAGAGGAUUCAUUAGAAGCAUUACGUUAAAAUGCAGUGAUAAGUUUCCAUCGAGAGAUAUUCGAAUACCAACUAUAAUUACGGAAGAGGAUUAUAAUUCAUAUUUGGUAAAAUUGAUGAGGAAGAAAAUCAUUGAAUUAGAGCAGAAAAUUGAAGAAGUCAACAACACGAAUUGUAGAAAUAUGUGAUAGAUAUGUGAUUUUAGUAUUAAUGAAAAUGUAAAAUUUAAGCAAUUAUCUCCAAGAAUAUAGCUUAAGUAUGAAUAUGUUAAGAGCAAUUCGAUAAUCC